AUGGCUGAAGGCUACACCAGUAAUGCUUGUUUUCAACCUGAAACGACUCGCCUUGAUAAGCAAGGUAGCAGUGAUACUCAUUCUACGAUCGCUGGAUUCCACGAGAUCAACAACUUCUCCUUCGAUAUGCAUACUGAGUCCUCGCCACGUGAAGGAUCUCCGGUUGUCGGGAAGAUCGCUGAAAAGAAGUGUAGAUUACGGGGCCACAGUCAACCUAGAAUACCUCUUCUAUUCGCUGUUUCGCGCCUACUUGGGAAUGCAUGGAAAAUGGUAAGUGAGGAGUCCGAUCGAUGA